AAUGGAUUUUGAAGACUUCUUUGAGUACCUGGUCAAUAUUACAUUUUCGUAACUGUGACAAUAUACUUUUCAUGGCUUACUCCACACUGGAUCCUAGUGGCCCUGUGGUAACCAUUUCAGAAUCAGAACCAGUUAUUCCACUUAAUCACACUAUCCUUUUGUUUUUGACAAUUAUAAGAAACUCGAACGGAACGGAUCGACUAAACACAAUUGAUGUUUGUGAUCCCAUUCAAGAAGCGCCCAUCCAGGCAGUUUCCGCUGUACCAACUGCCUCGGGGGGGACCUGUCCUAUUGGUGAGCCACUAUAAGUACAAGCCCGCCUUCCGUCCCAAUGCUAAGGAGCCCAGUACGGAGGCAUUUGAUCCCGUGAGGAUCACGAUGAAAAAUGCGUACAACAAGCUGAUGGGUCUGCUGCACCACUUCAACGUAGUGAACUCCAUAGUGGUGGGGUCCCAAUGCAGACGCAAUCCCUUCCACCUCGUGGUUCCGAUGGACAUGCCAUACGAGGAUAUCGAGACUGAUAUGUUAGAGGGCAUUCAGGGUUGGUCCGAUAUCGACGUCUCCGACGAACCCACCGAAGUUUAGGGGCACCGACCACCGGAACUCGCGAACUGAACUCCCAGUUACCUUGAAACGAGACCAAAAAAAAUAAAUAGCGGGAUUCCCAAUCUA